AUGCCCAUCUUCCAGGACGACUUCGAUCACCCGGAGAAUGUCUCUGACACUCCGGAUGCCGAACCACCACAGCCGAUCGCCAUACAAUGCGAACAGCCCAUCCUCCCGUCCCUGACGAGGAAACUAUCCGAGGAGAGCAUACGGACGGAGCUUUGCGAAGGACCCAUACUCGAAAGCCCCCGACCUUCGACCCCCGAGUCCGAUGCUGCUGCCGUCACGUCCGAUCGAGCCGAGUUGAUCGAGCGCUUGAAGAAAGGAGAGAGCCCGACUUGGAUUCCAAAUCGCCAUUUUGAGUCGCUUUUCAGUAACCCAAGUCACCCGAUCACUCCCCGGACAUCGCGUCCGCAGUCGAGCUCUUCCAACCUCCUACCUCCCGCCGACAUCACCCCAGAGAAACUCGACGGAUCAAAGGAGGAAGAUGAGAGACUACGAGAGGGGCUGAGCAUACAGAGGCCGAGAUCUGCUCUACACAGCGGCGACUUUACCGAGGACCAGCCAAGGUCAAGUCAAGAGACGGCGCAAGAGGUGGACGGCAGUCAGGGGACCAAUGAUUUCUCGACGUCUCGCACUUCCUGGAUCGCGACGUCGCCACCUCGAGACUUUUCGUCGUUUCACUUUGAUAGGAGGAUAUCGUUUCCGUCGCAUGACGAGUUCAGAUCAGUACCGUCGUCUUUGUCCUCGUCCUUUUCUUCCAGUUUUGUCUAUAAGCCUCCCACAAGUCCCUUGGUCCAGUCCGAGAGUAAUGACGAUCUUGACCUGUCACUACCGCUGAACAGCAUCGACAUCGCCGCAAGUCCCUUGGGAGUGGGCUCUCGCCGGCAUACGUUGCACUCUGCCAUUUCAUCUCCAUUCGCUUUGCCGUCACCAAGCUCCUCUAACCUGCAUAGACGAGCUUCGCAGCGAGGCAACGUCGCUUUGCCUUACCAAGCACAUCAGCCUCGCCGCUCCCUUACUUCAGCCCCCAAUGCCCCAUUCCUCACUGGAACGUCACCUCAAACGCCAAUCCUUUUGAGACCGAGACGGCCAUCGUUCAAUAACCCGGAUGCGUCGCCUUUGCAGCAUGCAUCUAUGGUCGGCUCUUAUGAGGAGAGUAUCCUGCGGGGUCGCAUGUCAACCACACCGUCAAAACCACUUGAUUUUCUCGCUCAGAUCGGAGUGCUGGGCCUGGGCAAGUGCAAAUCAAGCUUGAGAUGUCCGGCGCAUGUAACACUGCCGUUCCCGGCGGUGUUCUACAGCUAUGGAGGCGCUGCGCAAGGGCGCGUCAACGCCGAAGACGGACCCAGUCCAUACGUCGGUCAGAUUGAUCUGGAGAAUGGCCUAUCUAAUUCAGGGGAGGGCCACAGGGCCAAGAGGAAGAUGCAGAGCAGGGUUGCCGAACGAAGAAUCGCCGAAGACGACGUGGCCAUGGGGAACAGCUCUUCAGUGGCAGAUGGGUCAGACCCCGAUGCACGCAAAGCGCAACGCUCGCGACGGAGAUCUGGUUCUCCAAGAGCUCCUCCAGGCGGUAGCUAUCGGAUUCCUGGAAAGGGUCAGAUCCAAAUCGUAAUCAAGAAUCCCAACAAAACGGCUGUCAAGCUGUUCUUGGUGCCUUAUGAUUUGGUAGGGAUGGAACCAGGAACCAAGACGUUCAUCCGACAGCGCAGCUACUCGGCCGGUCCGAUCAUCGAGAACGCGCCUGGGUUGGAGGACCCCGUUGGACCUGACAAGCCCAUCUUGAGGUAUCUUGUGCAUCUGCACAUCUGUUGUCCUGCCAGAGGCCGCUACUAUCUCUACAAGAGCAUCCGAAUCGUUUUCGCAAACAGAGUCCCUGACGGCAAGGAAAAGCUACGCAAUGAGACAACUUGCCCAGAGCCUCGAUACAGCCCCUACAAGCCAAUACGUGCGAUGCACCCGCCGAUGGUCACUAGCAGCGGUCCUGCUGCAACACUUGCAGCUGAUAAGGCUUUUAGACGGCGGAGUUCCGGCAUCCCGUUCGGCCCUUCCAUGUACACCCUUGAUGCAACCGACGGGCUCUCUCAAUCUCCGCAGACGAUGCCCGGCCAGCAGUCUUCCCCGUCACCAUUUAACUUUGCCGGCAGCAGUCAGCCCGUAGAGCCCAUUCCGUUCGCUCUCUCUGGUCGGGCUCGCCUAGGAAGUGACAUCAGCGAUGGCACUGAUGCCUCCACCACGACUGCAGACCUUCGAUCGCCACAGUCCUCACAAGCCAGUAGACCGACGACAAAAGACAGCUGGGAUGCUCAGGUCGCCCGAUACCAGAAGUUGAAUCCAGGUGACGUCGGGUACGGUGGCAAUGUGUUUAAUGCGUCGGGGCGCGGAAGCCCGGGUGGCACGGAAGGUCUCCUCUCUCAAAGACUUCGGUCUCUCGGAGUACAAAAUCAGGGCGGAGUGCCUUUGGGAAACCAGGAGAACCAAGAGUAG